GUGGAUUAACCUUCAGACCAGAGAGCGACACAUUUCUCUGAAUUUGUUCAGCAGCCAAAGAGAAGAGUGGAAAACUAGAACUCUGCUAAGAUCGGCUGACUCUUCAGACACUGAAGAGCCAAGAUGGAGGAGGAGGAUCUCACCUGCAUGAUCUGUUGCAACAUCUUCAGAGAUCCUGUUGUCCUGUCGUGCAGCCACAGCUUCUGUAAAGACUGUCUGCAGAGAUGGUGGAGAAAUAAACAUGAACGCGAGUGCCCAGUCUGUAAGACUGUUUCUUCAAGUGCAAAACCACCUGUCAGCCUGGUGCUGAAGAACCUGUGUGAGGCCUUUCUACUGGAGAAAGGAAAGAAACCUCACAAUGAAGAUCUCUGCACGCUGCACUCAGAGAAACUCAAACUCUUCUGCUUGGACCAUCAGCAGCUGGUGUGUCUCAUCUGCAGAGAUUCAGAAACCCACUCUAACCACACAUUCAGGCCCAUCAGUGAAGCUGUAGAACAACAGAAGCAGAAACUUCAGGAAACUCUGAACCCUUUAAAAGAGAGAUUGGUGGGUUUAAAAGAAGUUAAAGUGAAGUUUGAUCAGACAGCUGAGCACAUUAAAGUCCAGGCCUGGCACACAGAGAGGAGGAUAAAGAAGCAGUUUCAGAAGCUUCACAGGUUUCUGAAUGAGGAAGAGGAGACCAGGGUGGCUGCUCUGAGGGAGGAGGAGGAGCUGAGGAGUCAGAUGAUGCAGGAGAAGAUAGAAGCUCUGAGUAGAGAGAUUGAUGCUCUCUCAGACGCUGUCAGAGCUGCAGAGGGCGAGCUGGAAGCUGUAGACAUCUCUUUCCUGAAAAACUACAAAGCUGCAGUGCAAAGAGUCCAGCAGCGCCCCCUGCCAGAGGAUCCACCACUGCCUUCAGGAGCUCUGAUUGAUGAGAUCAAACACCUGGGCAACCUGAGCUUCAACAUCUGGAAGAAGAUGAAGGACAUUGUGUCAUUCAUUCCUGUGAUUUUGGAUCCAAACUCUGCGCAUCCAAACCUCGUCCUGUCCGAUGAUCUGACCAGCGUCACACUGGGGCAGGAGAGGCAGCUUCCUAUGAAUCCAGAGAGGUUUUAUCAUCUUGCCUCUGUUCUGGGCUCUGAAGGCUUUGACUCAGGGACUCACAGCUGGGAUGUCCAGGUUGGAAACAGUGAAGCCUGGACACUGGGCGUUAUAGCAGAGUCUUUCCAAAGGCAUGCAGAGAAUCCAAUUGGACACUGGAGAAUAGGGUAUGGUUUGGGCGUGUACGCUGCAAGGGCAUCACCCAAUCCAGGCAAGGUUCUUGUUGUCCGAAAUAAGGUUCAAAAACUCAGAGUAAAUCUGGACUGUGACAGAAGGACUCUGUCUUUCUACGAUCCUAAAGCUAAAACACAGAUAUUCACAUUCACACAACUUUCCACAGAGAGGUUGUUUCCAUUCCUGAACACCUCGGGUAAACUCAGCAUAUUACCGUCUAAAGUCUUAGUGAAAGUAAAACCGAGAGCCUAACAGAUGAGGACGACUGAACUUGAUAUAUUCUUUCUGAAUUAACUGUUUAAUUAUACCAUGGUCUUGGUAAAUACUCAAUUUUGAUUGGCUCUGGAAAUUCCAUUGGUGUCCAUUAACUUCUGAUUUAUGGACACUUUUCGAACUUCACAAGUAGUUCCGGUCAAAAAAUCAUUACACUGUUCCAAAUGAAUGCGCAGCAGCCGUUAGAGGAUUGUGGUAACCAUAACAACCUGAGGCAGUCUUUCUGAGCAGAGAGUACAGUCCUCCCAGCCUAGGAUCCUGGGGACCGGCAUCAACCAUCACUUAAAGGGGAUAUAUUAUGCAAA